AUGUCAUCCAAAUAUUUCGAUAAUUGUUUAUUUUAUUUUGUUAUAAUAACAAUAUAUGUGUCGAUAGGUGGGUACAGUACUACUACUAAUCGGCCAAAUGUGAUACUACUGGUAGCCGAUGAUCUCGGUUGGGGUGAUGUCGGCUACCGAUCCGAUCAGAUAUUGACGCCCAAUAUCGAUACAUUGGCCGCCGACGGUAUUGUACUCAACCGAUACUAUACGUCACCGGUGUGUAGUCCGAGUAGGGGUGCGCUACUUACUGGCGUACAUCCAGUACACAGUGGCCUACAAAACUAUGUCAUAUUGACAGCCGCCCCGUGGGGUCUGCCAUUAGAUAUCAAGACAUUGCCCGAAUAUCUCAAAGAUUAUGGAUAUAACACCCAUGCAAUUGGUAAAUGGCAUUUAGGAUUUUUUAAACGAGAGUACACACCGACCUAUCGGGGCUUUGACUCGCAUGUGGGCUAUUGGUCGGGUAGUGGCGACUACUUUGAUCACACGGCACUUGAGAACAGUUAUUACUGGGGACUAGACUUCAGACACAACAUGGAUCUCAUAACCAAUGCUACCGGUGUCUACUCGACUCACUAUUUCACAGAUAGGGCUGUCCAAGUAAUACGAGAGCACAAUCAGUCGCGACCACUGUUUCUCUAUAUGGCCUAUCAGGCCGUUCACGGGGCCAAUUCGUACGCUAGACUACAGGCGCCUCAACGCUAUAUCGAUAAGUUUUCGUAUAUCAAAUCAGCCGAUCGACGAGUUUUUGCGGCCAUGACUUAUGCAAUGGACGAAUCGAUCGGCAUUUUGGUGGACGCCCUAAAACAGCAACAUAUGCUCACCAACAGCGUCAUAGUAUUUGUCAGUGACAACGGGGGGCCCGCCAGUGGUUUUACAGGUAAUGCCGCCUCAAAUUGGCCACUCAGAGGUGUCAAAGCGACGCUCUGGGAGGGAGGCAUAAGAGUUCCGGCGUUUAUAUGGAGUCCACUGUUGAACAAAACUGGUUAUACAUCCGAUGCACUGAUUCACGUGACAGACCUGAUGCCUACUGUUCUCGAAGCUAUCGGUGCCGACCAACACAAUCGAUAUAAACUAACGAAAAAAUAUCCUAUUUAUGGUGUGUCUCAAUGGUCUACACUAUCGCUGAACCAGACAUCGGGUCGUUCGGCAAUUGUCCACAAUGUGGAUCCCAUUUGGAAUGUUUCGGCCAUUCGAUCGGGCGAUUGGAAACUGAUUCAGGGACUGGUGUUUGGCAAUUGGUCGCAAUGGUAUCCACCGUUUGGUCAUCAAAUUGACACAAACAUCGGUGCGGACAACAACUCAUUGAUCACACCAUUGUUGAGACAACAACGUAGACAUCGAAGCGAAUGUGCAGCGAAUCGUGUGUUACGACAGUUCAACAGAUUUGUCGACUAUAAAGUGUUGACCGAAAACGUUAACAUAGACUGCGGACCAAAACCGACAAACGCAUCGGUAAACUGUCGGCCGGAUGUUGAACACUGUCUCUUCAAUAUAACAGCCGAUCCGUGCGAAUACAACAAUUUGGCCCAAAUCUACCCCAAAGUUGUGGAUCAAUUGUGGCAUCAGUUGGUAUCGUUCAACACUACAGCCCGUGAACCGGGCACUCAGCCAAGUGAUCCCGUAUGUGAUCCGGCACUUCAUGACUAUGCUUGGAGUUGUUGGCGUCACUAACCAGUCGACUGGAGGAGGUGUCGGUUAAAUGUAUAUCUAAAAUGUUGUUAAAUAUAACAAACAAAUACCGACACAAUAGUGAUCGGGUCGUCAAAUAUACAUAAACUCA